ACUACUGAGCAUGCGCACUGUAGUAGACAUUAUUUGACUCUGAGGAACGGACCGUGUCAGUAUUUUCACGUCGCUACAGUAGCUAGACUUCCGUGGAAGAAAGCUAGGCUGAGGUCCCGAGAAGCGACAGGAGGGCGUGCGAGUCUUGGGACGAGAAACAUUGUAUAUUUCACUGGUGAAGGAGUGGAGGUUUGCAACGGACAGGCACGUGAAGGCUUCGGACUCACGCGGGGGACUUCGCCGAGCGAGGAAGUGCGGAGGCACGGGACGGAACUCGCGCUCGGCGUGGAUGAGAGCGGCCGUGAGUCGCGGUGAACAUCAGACGGGAUGGGCGCGGAGGCAGCGGAUGCCCGACGCUUCUUGGACGAGUUUGUGAAGGAGUUUCCGGAACCGCUGGGGCCAGACGACCCCCUGCCCCUCAGCCCGCUCAGCGGCAGGGUUAGCCCAGACGAGGUCCGGGGGGAGAGCCUGGACCUGGCGCUCCGACUGCUGGCCGCGAGGAAUGCCCCGCCCCUCCUGAGCUCGGCCCUGUCCCAUGCUGCACUGGUGGAGCUCCUAAAGAGUGACCUCACCCCCUACCAUCUCCCCACGGACUCUGAGCAGGACAGCUUGUUACUCCUGUCUGAACCUCUCCAGCGCUUUUUCUUUAAUAAGCUACGGGAGGUGGUGUUCACCUGGGCAAAGAGAAGCCCGGCCCCUCCGGCAGGCCCUGCCCGCCCCCUCUGGACCUCCGUCCACGCCAUCCGCAAUGCGCGCAGGAAGAUGGAGGACCGUCACGUGACGCUCCCUGAAUUCAACCAGCUCUUCGGGCUGCAGGACGGGGUGCAUCGUGGGUACUUCGCAGUGUUUGACGGACAUGGCGGGGUCGACGCGGCCACGUACGCUGCCACUCAUCUGCACGUGGUCCUCGGUUACCAUGACGAUCUGAAGAGCGACCUGGCCAGUGCGCUGAAGAGAGCAUUCACGCGUACGGACGACAUGUUCAGGGAGAAAGCCAAGAGAGAGCGUCUGCGCAGUGGCAGUACAGGCGUGGCAGUCAUGCUGGCUGGUGAUUGGCUGCACGUGGCCUGGCUGGGUGACUCCCAGGUGAUGCUGGUUCGUCAGGGAGAACCCGUCACUCUGAUGGAGCCUCACAAACCCGAGAGAGAGGACGAGAAGCGCAGGAUCGAGGAUCUGGGCGGCUGCAUCGCCUUCAUGGGAUGCUGGCGUGUCAACGGCACUUACGCCGUUUCCAGGGCGAUCGGUGACUUUGACCAGAAGCCGUACAUCUCCAGCGAGGCGGACUGCGCGGCCGAGCGGCUGACCGGGGACGAGGACUACGUGCUGCUGGCGUGCGACGGCUUCUUCGAUGCGGUGCGGCUGGCCGAGGUGCCGGGGCUGGUGCAGGCGGGGCUGCGGGAGAGCGGGGGGCGGGGGGGUCCCGUGGCCCAGCACCUGGUGGGGCACGCCAAGAGUGCCGGGUCCAGCGACAACAUCACCGUGCUGCUGGUGUUCCUGCGAGACCCCGCCCUGCUGCUGCAGGAGGCCACGCCCCCCCAAGGCCCCGCCCCCACACCGGACCAGAGUACAGCGGAACAGUGAGUGUGGGACAGACCCCCUCCCCCACCCCCCGAUUUUAUUUACAGACGUUUUUCUACAGUUCCUCAGAGACUUCCAGGGGGUAUUUAAACACCAGCCUGCCCUGGGACUGCACCACAGAGGGGUAUUUAAGCACCAACCUGCCUGGUCCCUGGAAGGUCACUGGAAGAGCAGCUUGCGCAGGGAGGGGGGGUGUGGCGUGUUCUAGGGCUUGUUUGUACAAGGGUAAGGUACGCAUACUGGUGUUUGCAUUGUGGGUGUGUUACUGUUUUCACACCGAACUGACCUGAGAAAAAAUCUCUCUCUUCUUCAGCAUAACAGAACAUUAUGUACUAAAUCCACAGAAGUCCGGGAUAACUGGGGGUUGAUUCUGCUUUACCGCUGUGUAAAUGGGGAUUGAUUCUACAGCGUAGCUGGGGAUUGACUCUAUCACAGUGUACCUGGGGAUUGAUUCUACAGCAUAGCUGGGGAUUGACUCUAUCACAGUGUACCUGGGGAUUGAUUCUACAGCGUAGCUGGGGAUUGACUCUAUCACAGUGUACCUGGGGAUUGAUUCUGUACUUCACCACAGCCCAUUUCCCAGCAUGCCAUGGGCCUGCACAUUUUUCUGGGUCACUCUAAACCAUCCAUCAGUAAGCCAAUCAAACGCUCUGCCACCUGGACUAACCGCGGCCAAGGAUGGAUGCACGGACCAGCAGCCACUGGGGCUGGUGACCUCAGCUUUGAGAGGCGGAGCUUGGCUGUUUUGCAGGUUUCUCUCUGUCUGCUCUGCAGAAUCAGGCGCUGAGCUCUGCAGGCAGGCAGCGGAGCAGCGGGUCUGUUCCAGGAAACGCUUUAAUCAGGGGUCGAGCGCACAGCCUGACUCAUCUCCGGCCCACAAUGCCGUGUGCCUGUCUGACGGGAAGCGUUCGGGUGGUGAUGUCACCGCACCUCCUGAUUGAUAUCAGUGCCUGAUAUCACAGUUCAAACGGUUUGGCUGCUUCCAGUGACAGGAAAAUUGCAGAAAAUAACCUUAAUAAAAACAGUAUAAAAAAGCCACUGCAUAAAAGAGCAAAGGGUCUUAGCAGCCUGAUCAGACAGCCUGUCCCUCAUGCAGCCUGUUCCACACCCUGCCUGUCCCACACACUGCCUGUUCCACACCCUGCCUGUCCCACACGUUGGGCUGUUUGAUGAGUGUAAGAAACCAGACUGAAUACGAGAGCUGAUCAGCCGGCCUCUCUGCAGCUCAGUCCUGCUUUCAGUGACCUUCACAGGUGACCACAAACCCCAACAAAGGACAGAAACACCAGCCCCCAGAUCUGUGUGCAGCUGGGGCACGUUUCAAAGACAGAAACCCUGGGUUGAAUGUCAGGGAGAGCCGUUAGUGUGUAGCUUCAGACUCUGGGCUCAGUCCUGCUUCCAUUGUGCAUGUUUGCAGAAUCUCCCUCUCUAAGCAACUGUGACCUGCAUCCAAACACACAGGGAAUCUGGGAAGUGAUAUUAAUUUCUAACCAGGACAGCAGAAUUUCUGCCCACGUUUGCAAGAAUUCAAGCUCCAGUCGGAAGGAUUUGUUGCAAGUGGAUGUUAUACAGUAUUAAACUUUUGUGUGUUUUUUGUGCUAAUGAGAUUGCAUGCUACAUUUGUACUCACAUAAUGUUGAUAUAAUGGCUGCUUUCUUUAUUAACUGGUUCAUUGUUUUUAGGUGACCGAAAAUGAAAAUCUUCCUUCUGGAUAGUGUAGUGCUGAGGAGGAAACAGUUCUUUUUUUUGAGCUUGUGCAUUUACUGUAACUGGAAACAGCCCCAGAUUGUGUUACUGUGUAAUUUUAUACCAGCGUGCAAGUGCCUUAACCCACCUCAUAAACAACAGUAAAUAUCCAAAUAUCACAAUCCGACAGUCAUUAAAUAUUGGUUUCAGUCACCCUCAUUCCAAAUCCUUAAUAUUGAACAUUCUAUUUCAGAGACCUUGGAAAUCCUGAAUCUUUUUUGUUAUUAUGUUCGGGGGGGGGGGGGCAGUGCACCUGUGUGCACUGGGACUAGGAGCCCUCCUGACCUCAGGUUAGGCUGAGACUGACUGAUCUCAGUUUAGGCUAGGACCAACUGAUCUCUGGUUUGGUUGGAACUUCGUUGGAACUGCGUUGGACUGAGUUGUCGGACCUCUUGUCCGGACAGACAUGUUACAGUGUUACAUUUUUCAUUUCCAUCAUUGCUUUGUGAUCACACUUUGCUGGGCUCCACGGUGUUGUGAUGUGUGAGGGAGUCACACACAAGACAGCGUUUAUCUGUGUGAUUUAUCUGCCUGCCUCACAGCUGUUUUUUAGGUGGGUGAAAGUGUUAAUGAAAUGCCAGCCUUGGACACUGCCGUUCUCCUUGCCAAAACCAUAAUGUAUUGUGUAAAUCUGUAUUAAACCAUAACUGAUAAUCCGUCUUGUCAUAAUGUGUCUGUUUUUUAGGUUUAAUUUGAUUGAAAUGGUCAUAACUGUGCAGUAUUACAUGCCUCUGGAUUACUGUGGGAUCUGCUGUAAUCUGUAAUUAAAUGCUCAAGAUAAAUGA